AUGGAGGCAGUGCAAUCUUUUAGAAACACAGGGUUUGCUAGCAUUUUGCCAAAAGUAUCAUCUUUUUGUCAAAUACACAAAAUUGAUACUUUAGAUUUGGAAGAGUUGUAUAUUGGUGUGAGAAACCGUAAGACUACAAAGACUAAUAUGUUUCAUUUUGAGGUUGAAAUCUUCAACACAGUAGUAGAUAUGCAACUUACAGAAUAUCGGGAUCGAUUUAGUGAAACAAGCACGCAGUUACUAAAAUACAUGGGUGCUUUGAACCCUUGUGAUUCAUUUGCACAAUUUGACAAAUCAAAGUUGUUGAAGUUGGGUAAGUUAUACAAGUAUGACUUUGAUGAUUCGAAUAUGAUAGACCUUGAAGGACAACUUGAGAUAUUUUAUCACUCUUGCAUCAAAGAUGAUCGCUUCAUUAGUUUGAAAGGAAUUUCCAACCUUUCUCGUUUGAUGGUUAGUACGGGGAAGCAUCGGUCUUAUCCUUUGGUUUAUAAGCUUUUAAAGUUGGCUUUCAUAUUACCCGUAGCGACCGCAAGUGUAGAAAGAUAUUUUUCAAAGAUGAAGCUCUUGAAGACCGACUUGCUAACAAAAUUGGUGAUGACUUUUUGA